CCUAGGGUUUCAUCAUCUUCGACCCACCUCCAACAGAAACAGAUUCUUUCGCAGCGGCGACUUCGACUUUGUCUCUUUCGCAGCGGCGAGCAAAAAUGCCGUCCCACAAGACAUUCAUGAUUAAGAAGAAGCUGGCUAAGAAGAUGAGACAGAAUAGGCCUAUCCCUCACUGGAUCCGCAUGAGGACUGACAAUACCAUCAGGUACAAUGCAAAGCGCAGGCACUGGCGCCGUACCAAGCUUGGAUUCUGACUGAGGUGUUUUUUGUUCGUUUUAUUGUCAUUGCAUAGUUUCAAAACACAAACAAUGUUUAUUUACUGUUUUUAUAGGUAUAGGGCUUUCAUUUCCUUAAGAAUCCAAUUUGUAUGGAAUUCAUAAGAGUCCCUUCCCUUCGCAGAUGUUUUUGACACUUGCAUUGAUAGUGGUGGUUGAUGAAGAGCUUUUUUGAUUA